AGAGAGACAGAGAGAGAGAUAGAGUGUGUAUGUAUGUGUGUGUGUGCAUCCUACAUGCAUGGUGCAACGAUUCUUUUUUCACCUGCAGUCGACUGAAAUAAACAUCAAAAUAGCUGCCGCCGUCAACAAGAAUUGCAACGAGAGAAAGGUUAUUUUUGUUUUUUUUGAAUCAAAUGGCAGGAGACAAGAAGCCAAUGAAGACCAUCAGGGCCAAUCAGCUGGCUGCCAUGUUGCAAGGCCAGAAGGAGAAGAUGUUGGUCAUUGACUGUCGUCCUAAUGCUGACUACCACAACCUGCACGUGCUAAAUGCCGUCAACAUCUGUGCCACAAAGGUCACGCCUGAGAGAGAGUCACUUGCUGAACUGCUGCAGCCAAGCCCAACAGUGAUGAUAAAGGACCUACAAGUAAAGGAGCUGGUGCUGUAUGACCAAGAAACAAAAGAUGCGAAAUGUCCUCCAGCCACCGACAUCAUCACAAUCCUCCUGCGAAAACUGGAGAAACAAUUCAACAAUGUAUAUUUUCUUAAAGGAGGCUUUCUGGAGUUUUCCUCUUGUUUUCCCAGCUUGUGUGAAGGGAAGUCAAGCAAUUCCUUGCCCAGCAGCUUCUCACAGCCGUGUCUCUCCACAUGUGAAAUGGGACCCACUCAGAUCCUCCCAUAUUUCUACUUAGGCUCCCAGAAUGAUGUUUUGAAUAAGGAGGUGAUGACUCAGAAUGGAAUAACACACAUUUUGAAUGUGAGCAGUAACUGCCCAAAGCCCAUGUUUAUCCCCGACAGCCAUUUCCUGCGGAUCCCAGUCAAUGACAGCUACUGUGAGAGUCUCUUACCUUGGCUGAACAAAUCUGUGGAAUUCAUAGACACAGUGCGGUCAAUGAAGUCUCGGGUUUUAGUGCACUGCUUGGCUGGGAUCUCGCGGUCUGCAGCAAUCGCUAUUGCUUACGUCAUGAGGACAAUGGAUUUCUCUUUGGACGAUGCAUACAGGUUUGUGAAAGACAGAAGACCCUCAAUUUCGCCGAACUUCAACUUCCUGGGCCAGUUAGUGGAGUACGAAAAGACCAUCCUACAGAUCCAGGCUUCGGCCCAUAUGGGACAAAACAUCCUUCAUCCUCAGAACAGCCCAACGCAAGAAGAAGCCAACCAGCCAGAUACUUGUGAAGACCCCGAGGAAGAUGCAGAGAUACCUGCCCGUCAUUUUCCCACCUUGAACAUUCCAGCACAGCACAAGGAUCUUUCAGGUAAAGGAACUGACAGUGAUGUGAGCAGCAAUCGCAGAGAUCCAGAGAUGGCAGCCUUACAGCAGGGGUUCUCCGACCUCCGCCUCUCACCGGAGCAAAUAUCACACACCAGCUGCUUGAAGCGCUCUUUCUCCCUGGACGUGAAGUCUGUCUACUCUUCAGACUCACACAUUGGAUGCUAUCAGACUGCACAGCCAGCGGAGACAGGCCCUGUCCCAAAGCUUCUGGGCUUUCAGAGCAAGUUAGUCACUAGUACCUUCAACCCAUUCACCCUCUUGUUCGGCAACGCCAGGAAAGGCCGUGGGAAAGACAGUGCCGUACCCAAUGGAGGCUCACAGGCGUUGAAAGCCCAGCAGAAAUGCAGCUGUGUUGAGAAUGCUUCCCCUGUCACUGGGGCUGACCGAGGACCAAUGUGUUCACCUUGUGUGACUCACCGGAAGGACGGUGGUCAGAAUGAUCCCACCGCAAGAGUGACGCUGAGCUUGCCCGUUGCCAGGCAACCAUCAUCGCCGCUGCUCGAUUACAGUAGCUGCCUCAUAACAGUGCAUGGAAAGAGGACACAGUUAUCCCUGUUUGAACACCCUUACGGUGGCCCCACGGAUUGCAAGGCCAUCACACCCGAUCAUAUCACGAGGAACGUGGGCCUGUACGCUGACAAUGUGGUGAAAUCCUAAACCUCAUUGUGAAAAUGAACAAGCACAUCCCGUGAUCUGUUCAGACUGGAUUUGCACCUUCUAAGAGGAAGGGUAGACAGGCCAAAGAACUUUGCACUUUCAGCCUGUUCUUUCUCUCUUUGGCCACAGAUGCCCUCUGCGGUAGGCCUAGGCUCACUUGAUCAUUACCAUUCCUGAGGCCCAUGUCGUAUUUCUCAGGUGUUUUACUGUUGCACCUGACUUCAGGACAUUCUUUAAUCUGUUGAGAUGUUGCUAAGAACAGAACAUAGUCAAAAGGUGAACACUUUUGCAAAAACAAUGUCCAUAGGAAAAUAGUGAACAGACGUUUAACAGAGCUUGAAUGAUUGGACAGACCAUUGUUCCUCAGAUUGAAACUUAACAAUGAGGAACAAAAGAUUAACUUGGAAUUAAGACCGAAUUUCUUUGAAAAACAAUUUAAAACUAAAAUUAUUUUGUUGGGACACAGGUGACACUGGUCCUUACUGGUUGAUGUUAUUUUAAGGAUUAUGGUGCCGGGGUUUAUUAAUCGUGAAGGGUUGGCAGAGGGGUACAUGUGGAUGCCAGUGAUCUUGAAGGGAACAUGAUGGUUUCUUUGCUGCUAAGGCCAUGGAAAUGUUCUGUGUUGAACUGGAGUUGCCAUGAGGGAACAAUAAAGAUGGGUAGACCUCCUUGAGUUUUAUACGAUUAUGUCUAUGUGCGUAUGUUGUGGAUGGAAAGGGUUGGGAAGAAAACUUUUCUGCUUUGCCCCCUCCAGAUCUAAAUAAAGUGGCUGCUGUCCACAGUAGGUUAGAUUGCAUAUGUUCUUUGGAGGAAACAGCUUGAUAGGCUGAAGGGUCUCUUCUGAUUUCCUGUUUUUCUAAUGCUUUUAUACGAGCGUGGGGGCGUUGGGUGGGGGAGGGGGGUGUAGUAACUUUGGGUUUUGUCUCCUUCCUGAGGGAGUCACGGCUGUUGUCUGUGGGGCUUGAGUGGUGGAGUGACUUGUGUUGUUAUGUUAGGUUAGAUUCCAGCCUCCCUCCCGCAGCAGUUACACUGACUGUGUGAAUCACCACAUGAAGAUAUCAGCUUUGGACUGGCUCCCAUAUCGGGAGGGAACAGGUGAGGGCUGAGCGGCCGCAUUCCUAAAUGUAACAUUGUACUUCAGGUAGAAUAACAGCAGAGAAAGAACUGCCCCGUGCAAUGAAGAGCACUCUGCCGUAUAAGGUAAUGGUUUUGAAAGAGUUCAUUUUUGACCUAUUCUGAACUUGACUCAAUCCAAUAAUGUGACACAGCUGCUGGGCGGAGAAUCAGUAUUAAUGCUUUCAGAAUCAUCACCUUAUACAGUAACCACAAACAACCAGAGGAGCUCUCGAUAAACUAGUACUGUUCACCCAAUAGGUCCAAUUAUUCAUUUAAGAGCUAUGUCUGUACAAGAGUGCUGUCCAUAUUGUCUUUAAUGCAAACAAUGAGAACCUCCACAGAAAGUUGUCAGACUCCCAGUCAGAGGCCCUGGCUAAUCUCAAAGGUCCCGGGACCAGGUAUUUAUUACAAGGGGUUUCUCACGGUUUGGAGAGAUAGGUCAGAUUGAUUCUAACACUCUGACUGUUUCAGAUGCCGCCUGAGAGGCCUUGGUGCCAAAGUCUGGUCCAGCAUUAAGAUGUUGUUCUCUUACUGAGACAGACAAGUAGCCCUUUCAGUGGAGGGUACCAUCUUCCCAUUCAGAGAUCCCAACCUCAUCUGACAUGUCAAUACAACUUAGCUCCAAGCCAGAGUGACAAAAGCUAGGGGUUGUUCAGCAGAUGAGGGGAAGGGAGAGAGAAAAACACAUCUGUUUUGUUCUUAACACGCCAUCUUGUGUGGGACUUGAACACCCAUAUUUAGAUCUCAAACUAAGACCCAAGAGGAUACAUUGGGCCUCAGCUUAAAGGGUCAGCUCUGAGAUGGCACUCUGGCAGUGCAGUAGCCCAGCAGCACUGCACCUGAGUGUCUGGAUGUUGUGCUCAGGCCUCAGGACUGGGAUUUGAACUCACAAUUACCUGACUCUGUGGUUCGAAACUACCAGCUGAACAAGAGCUGACAACCAUAGCUAUCAGUGUGUUGAAGAACAAUUUUCAGCUGUAACGUCACAGUACCACAAAAGCAGGCUAUACCGUAUACAUGUUAAGACUAACUACCUGCAUUGCUUGAAAUUAAGCCAAUGUUAAUUAGACAUGCAUUGGGUUAGAAGACAAUGGUGCCACUUCUGGAGUCAAAUCGAAUUUAGAUCAGGGUUGUGAUAAGUGAAAUGACCCUCAUUACGAAACUGCUGUCAAACAAGAACAGUCAGCUUUGCUGAGGGAACUAACAGGAUGGUUGGGAAAGGAAAAGGAAAAGUCACAUUACUCACCUUGCUUAAAGGAUCAUGGCAGUGCAGAGGAACCUUUACUCUGUAUCCAACUGUCACAGUGCGUGGCCUGAGAAUGUUUGCUGGUUUAGAUUGAGCUUUCCCCUGCUUUUUCAACAACGCUACAAUGUUUUGGAGCAGCAUGUUAGCAGGCCUGUAUGCUUUCUUUUGCAUGAAAAUUGUUGUCAAGAUUUCUUACCACAAUGUUGAUUAAAGAUAUUCUUGUUUAAUAUGAA